AUGCCCUCUCGCCAUGCCUCUCUGGCACCCGUUCCCCCGGAGCUCUUUCCUCUCUCACACGCCCCCUAUCCUGCACCAGUGCGGUCCAGUUCUUCUCAGGGUCUGGCACGCAAGGGAGGAGAGAGGGAGGGAAAACGGACCGGUCAUUCCCCAGGUUUCUUCUCCUCUUCCAUCGUCUCUCUUGGUCUCUUGGUCUCUUGGUCUCUUGCAAGGCGGCUCGACCUAUCCGAGGCACACGAAUGGGGCCACUGCGCCGCUCCUCAUUCCCCUAUCGGGCCAAGCUCGCUUGGAUUAGGUAGCCAGAGCCGGCUGAAGCCUGUCCCUGCGCCCCCAGUGGGCUUCUUCUCGUGUGGUCAUCUUGUCUACUUCCUCCCAUGCUUGCCACGGGUGAAAAAUACUGGGGAGGAUGAAGAAUGGGGUGCACUCCUCCAGGCGCUCUCGCCCAGUUGCAGUCGAGCCAGCGUCGCCAAUCCUCUCGUAUCAAAUGAGGUGGCUGCCGUCCUCGGCCGCCCAUUGGUGUCGGCGGGUCCCCCUUCCCCCCAAAGGCCACAGGGUCGCCCCCAGUGCCCAGAACAUAGUUUUCGCGAGGCCGCUUAA